CCAAGACCGGAACUGGCUGGAGGAUUUUCCAAGCUAGGUAGCCUAAAAAAUAACAACAGGGGCUUAUUGAUUGUCUGCAUGAGAAGCAAAAGGAGAUUUAUUUGAAGUCAGGGAUCUCUGUGUAUGCCAGCUGACCAGCCCACUGAUCAGCAAAAUGAGCAGUGCAGGAACAGUGGAGAGUGGUAAACCUCCAAAGAUUGGCUGUACGGUAGAGGUGACAGGGAAGGGUCAGCGCGGCACUGUCGCCUACAUCGGCGCCACCCUCUUUGCCUCCGGGAAAUGGGUGGGUGUUGUACUUGAUGAGCCUAAAGGCAAGAAUGAUGGUACCGUGCAGGGGAAACGCUACUUCAUCUGUGAGGAAAAUCAUGGGAUAUUCGUCAGACAGUCGCAGAUUCAGGUGGUGGAUGAUGGCUCUGGUGCCACCUCACCAGAGACUCCUGAGUUUGUUCUUGCCAAGAUUCUAAAACAAAAAGACACUCCAGAGACUCCAAAAACGUCCAAACUGACACCACUGAAUGUGAAGAAGUGGAGCACGCCAGGUCUCACACCCGCCACCUCCCUCCCCUCCCUCUUGGUACGCUCCGCCGGCCGCCCCAGCCUGCCACUGACGACGUCUCGUGAGAGUCUGUCAUCUUCGUUGUCUGGCGAUGUCAGUGAGGCUGGAGUGUCCUCCCAGCAGGGUGCACUGGGAGCUCCCAUCGUGCCUCAGCCCAGCGGGUCACCUGCACCAGUCGCAUCCCCAGUCCCAGCUACUCCGAGCAAGGCGGAACCUCCCAUUUCCAAACAGGAGGAGGAAUCCCUGCGAGCUCAGGUCAAAGACCUGGAUGAGAAGCUGGAGACACUGAAGAUGAAGAGGACAGAGGACAAGGCCAAACUGAAGGAGCUAGAAAAACACAAGAUCCAGCUGGAGCAGCUUCAGGAAUGGAAGAUAAAAAUGCAGGAGCAGCAGACCGACCUCCAGAAACAGCUUAAAGAAGCCAAGAAGGAAGCCCGUGAUGCACAGGAAUCCAAGGACCACUACAUGGAGGAGAUGUCAGACACGGCCGACGCCAUUGAGAUGGCAACACUGGACAAAGAGAUGGCAGAGGAGAAAGCAGAGUCAUUGCAGGUGGAGGUGGACAGUCUGAAAGAGAAAGUGGAUGAGCUCUCCAUGGACCUGGAGAUUCUUAGACAUGAGAUUUCAGAGAAAGGCUCAGACGGAGCUGCCUCAAGUUACCAUGUCAAACAGCUGGAGGAGCAGAACAGCAGGCUGAAGGAGGCUCUAGUCAGGAUGCGUGACCUGUCUUCCUCGGAGAAACAGGAACAUGUGAAGCUGCAGAAGCAGAUGGAGAAGAAGAGCACUGAGCUGGACACUCUGAGGACUCAGAAGGAAAAACUGCAGGAAGAAGUCAAGCACGCAGAGGCCACUGUUGAUGAACUGAAGGAGCAGGUGGAUGCUGCUUUGGGCUCAGAGGAGAUGGUUGAGACGCUUACAGAGAGGAACCUUGACUUGGAGGAGAAAGUCAGAGAGCUGAGAGAAACAGUCACUGAUCUGGAGGCGAUCAACGAGAUGAAUGAUGAGCUCCAGGAGAAUGGAAGGGAGACUGAAAUGGAGCUGAGAGAACAGCUCGACAUGGGUGGUGCAAAGGUCAGAGAAGCUGAGAAACGAGUGGAGGCUGCUCAGGAGACUGUGGCUGAUUACCAGCAGACCAUCACCAAAUACAGAGAUCUCACUACCAGGCUGCAGGAUGCCAAUAGGGACCUGAUCAACCAGCAGAAUGCCAACGCUGAGCAAGUUCAGCAGCCGCCCGCAGAACUGUUUGACUUCAAGAUCAAGUUUGCAGAGACCAAGGCCUAUGCCAAGGCCAUUGAGAUGGAGCUGAGGAAAAUGGAAGUGGCUCAGUCCAACAGACAGGUGUCCCUCCUCACCUCCUUCAUGCCAGACUCUUUUCUCCGUCAUGGUGGAGAUCAUGACUGUAUUAUGGUCCUUCUUCUCAUCCCCAGGCUCAUCUGCAAGGCUGAGCUCCUCAGUAAACAAGCCCAGGAGAAGUUUGACUUGAGUGGGAACCUGGCGCAGGGGGCGGGGCUCAGAGGGCCUCCAGGAGAACAGCGCAGCUUUGCCUCAGGGCUGGUGUACUCCCUCAGCUUGCUGCAGGCCACCCUGCACAAAUAUGAACAGGCUCUGAACAACUGCGACGUAGAGGUUUUUAAGCGAAUGGGUACACUUUACUCUGAAAUGAAUUUCCAUGAGCGCUCCCUGGAUUAUUUCAUCGACCUGCUGCAUAAAGACCAAUUAGAUGAGACUGUUCAGGUGGAGCCCCUGACCAAGGCCAUCAAGUACUAUCAGCAACUGUACAGCGUCCAUCUGGCAGAUAACACUGAGGACUGCACAGUGCAGCUGGCUGACCACAUCAAGUUUACCCAGAAUGCAUUGGACUCCAUGGGAGUGGAGGUGGCUCGUCUGCGGGCGUUCCUGGCUGCAGGUCAGGAGAGCUCUGGCCUUGCUGUGCUUCUGAAGGACCUGGACACUUCGGGCUCGGAUAUCAGACAGUUCUGUAAGAAGAUCCGCCGUCGCAUGCCUGGAACAGAUGUGGUUGGAGUACCUGCUGCGCUCAGUUUUGGACCACAGGUGGCAGAGGCGCUGACAGAGAGUAGGCGUCAGCUGACCCGUGUGGUGGCCGUGCUGCAGGAGGUGGCUGCGGCUGGGGCUCAGAUGGUUGCUCCGCUGGCAGAACUGGAGGGUGUCAACGCUCUCAAGCUGGAGGAUAUUGCCUGCAACGCUGUGGAUCAGGUGUAUGGCUCCCAUGGCCUGAGUGGCCCAGAGUGUCUGCGCCAGUCCUGCAGCUCUGUCAUUGCUACCAUGAACAAGAUGGCUACGGCCAUGCAGGAGGGAGAGUAUGAUGCUGACAAACCUCAGGGCAAGACUCCUCCUGUGGAAAUGAGAGCUGCCACCGUCAGGGCUGAGAUGACUGACGCUGAGGGUCUAGGUGUCAAACUAGAAGACAGAGAGACGGUCAACAAGGAGGUCAAGAGGUCUCUUAAGAUCAAGGGUGAGGAGCUGAGUGAGGCAAAUGUCCGCCUCAGUCUGCUGGAGAAAAAGCUGGACACCUCCACCAAAGACGCAGAUGAGCGGGUGGAGAAGAUCCAGACCAAACUCAGCGACAAUCUCGCCCUGCUGAAGAAGAAAGAGAAGGAGUUUGAGGAGACGAUGGAUGCUCUGCAGGCUGAUAUCGACCAGCUGGAGGCAGAGAAGGCAGAGCUGAAGCAACGCAUCAAUAACCAAUCAAAGAUGACCAUUGAAGGCCUUAGAGGCCCGCCUGCCUCUGGAAUUGCCUCUAUUGUUCAGGGAUCUGCAGGAGGUGUGCCUCUAUCCAUGGCAGGGCCAGUAGAGGUGGUGGACUCUCCCCUCCUCCGGCAGCAGGUAGAGGCUCAGAGACUGGGCAUUAAACACCUCAAGAAUGAAAACAACAGACUCAAGGCCGAGAAGAUGAGAGCCCAGCUGGCCUCCCUUCCUCCACUCCGCCCCCCCAAACUGCCACAACUGUCCAAAGAAAGCUCCAUGCCUCCAGAGGGACUGAACACAGGCAUCUAUCGCAGGACUGACCAACUGCUGGCGACGCUGCUCAAGCUGAGUGCAGAGUUUAAAGUGGUGGACAUCACUGGGAAGACAACAGUUAGUGCCAGUGCCCAGCUGCUGGAGCAGACGUCUCGACUGCAGAACCUCAGUGAUGCUCUGGACAAACUCAAGGGAGAAGUAGCCGAACAUGUGGUCACGCAUCAGCGUGGAGCAAAGGCUUCCUCUGACUUCGCCACCUUCCCGGUGUCAUCCUUUGUUAAGGCCAAGGAAGAAAAGCAGGGGAACACGGUGCUUGUGGGUCGUGUUUCCAUUCCAUGCACCCGCGGACAAGAACAAGUCCACCGCCUCGUCCUCUCACAGCAGCAGCUGCAGCAAGUUCACAGCCUCCUCAUGGUGUAAGAGCUCAGCCAAGAUUGAAGGAAUAUCAAGAAAAUCUUUUAAUUCUAAUUCCAUCUUCCACUAUCUUCCACACUCAAUUUCUUUCCUUUGCUUUUCACUCUUCUCAGGAAAUUGUAUUCAGCAUUUUCUGAUUUAAGACAGCACUAAUAAAACUAGAGCACAGGUCAAAGUGAUUGGUGUUUAUUUUGAAAGAAGGGUAAAGGGGAUUUGACUCUUUUGUUGUCACUGAAAAAGUUUGUAGGCACCAAAUUGGCUAACUCUUUGUGGGAAUGGGGGGAACUACAGUCAUUUUUAUUGUGCUCACACCUCUUUAGUUUCUUCUUUGUAUCUUUUGUCUUUGUAAUAAUAAGUUAUAGAUGUUAUUCCCAAACCAGAGCUUGGUAUAGUAAUGGACUAGUAUUUGUAGUAAUUCAGACAAUAAAAGGAAGCAAUUCACUUCAAAGCAUCAA